AUGCUCGUAUUGAACCAUUUCCAGAUUUGGCUCAAGUGUGGCAAUGUUGGAGUGCGGUGGCUGAGCGAGUUGAAGGCUUGCAACAAAAGACAUCAUAUUACAUAUGGUUGUAUGCUGUUUGGAAUUACAACUGCAAGGUGGCGGUAUACGGAUUCUGUGCGUAAUGUGCCAGCUGGGGACCUCAUGUUUUGUCCCACAAAUUCUUUCUUUCAUAACUCUCGCAUUCCUUCAUGUCACGAGGCUGGCUCCUUGCUUGCAAGAAUAGGAGUUGUGAUGGGAAUUACAAAUGGGCCCUCUCUUAGUCUCUUUUUUUUUAAAUAA